AUGGCAAAAAUUUCCAUCAUAGUGCCUGUAUUGUUGGUGGCCUUAUAUGUCAAUAGUGGUGAAGCAGUUCGUUGUUGGACAUGUUCAUCGGAUCUAAAUCCAUACUGUAAUGACCCUUUUCUACCUGAUAGAGCGCCUGAAAGCUCAGGCCUUUUCCGCCUAGAAUACUGCGAUGCAAGUUCCGGUGCCUCAUACCCCUACUUGUCCUCGUCGAUGGCAGCAUGUAAAAAGCAAAAGAAAUAUGUUGGAAGCCAGUUGGUGGUAUCUCGUGGGUGCACAUGGAAACGUGGAGAUGACUACUCCAACUCCUGUGCCAGUCAGUCAUCAAGUGGUAUAAAUGAGGUCACAACGUUCUGUGAAACCUGCACUAGUGAUGCCUGUAACGGCGCUUCGGCUAUUGGCAUGACCAUGGCUUUGAUUAUUGCACCCCUUGGAGUGCUCCUUUUUAAG